UUUGCAGGGUUGAUUGUUGCAACUUUAGCAAUAUGCUGGCUGCCAAAUCAAGUUCGAAGAAUCAUGGCUGCUGCUAGACCUAAGCAGGACUGGACUGUCUCCUACUUCAGAGCGUAUAUCACCCUCCUCCCCAUAGCCGAUGUCUUCUUCUACCUCAGCUCGGUAGUGAACCCACUCCUGUACAACAUCUCCUCCCAGCAGUUCCGGGAUGUCUUUCUUCAGGUCCUCCGUUGUCGUCUGACAUUAGAACAUGCCAACAAACAGAAGUUUUUAAGAGCCAAUUUGAAUUCUGUAGCUGGAAGCAGCCGCUCUCGCCGCCCACUGAUCCUCAUGUCAUCUAGACGCAAGUCUUCUACCAAGAGUGCUAACAAGGUUUUGUUAAGUACUUUUCAGAGUGAGACCAAGCCUGACUGCAGUUUGCAAAAACCGAAUCUUGAAUCAUUGGAGCUGAAUGUGAAAACAAUGUCACUGGAGAACAGCAGAGACCACAAUCCUACCAACCAGAAUGGCCUCUGUGAACUUGAACUGUGAAUCCG